UUGCUUUGAGGUUCUUCAGCCCAGGGUGGAAGGUGAGAGCCUGACUCAUUCCCAGAGUAGUUACAGAUGUAAACUGUGGCUGAGUUUCCUUUAGCCAAACACAUCCUUGUCAUUAAAAGAGCUUUGAAACUGAGUAAAAUGUCUUUGAAAUGCCAGUGGAAUAUGAUCAAACUGUCUGAGGCAGGAUUACGGGACAACCAGUGCAGUACAAACGAUCAAAUUGCCCUUAAAAAUCUCCAGUCUGAUGUUCCAGAGAAGAAAUCUGACUUUGCCAAGGAGACUCUGGCAUCGCAAAACACAAAAAUGAUUUCAUCCAUAGUCAUUUCACAGCUGAUUGAUGAGAAUAAAUCAAAAGAAAAUGGGGCCGCGUUGCCCGCGCCGUGUGCAGUGGCUCAGCCUCCAGCAUGUCCCGUGAAGCAAUCUCUGGCUAAUCGGAGCGGAGUCACCAUCAGCAGGGCGUUCGCCCUCCUUCCCAGAGGAUCAGGAAUUCAGACACCGGUGGAGGAGCGAGGAUCUGAGACAGAGUGGCUGCCCAAAGAGGAGAAGCCCUGCGGUGGCCCCCAAAAGGGAUUUGCAUCCAUCACCAUCACGGCCAGGCGCGUGGGACCCCCAGCCAGCACCCUGGUGUGGGAGGCUGUAGGGGACCCCCUGUGCCCCAAAUGCAGGGCCCAGGACGCUCUGCUCAGGGACUCCUCCGCUCUGGCCAGUGGUGCCAAUCCACAUCAGCACCAUGGACCUUUCCCCUUCGUGGAAUUCUCCAGAAACAGCUCUGUGAUGAGGCUGAAGCUUCCUGAGGCCCACGCACAGCUGUGUAAGGGACACGGGUAUUGGAUCACCAAUGGGGACAACAGAGAGAACAGUUUUUCUCGAGGCAUCCCACGGUCGGGAAAGAGCCCACUGGUGUUCAGCUCCUGUGUCCAUCUCAGGGUGUCUCAGCAGUGUCCGAAUUCCAUCUACUAUCUAGACAGGUCCCUCUCUGUCCCCAUUGAGCAGCCUCAACUUACCAGCCCUGAAAUGCACAGAUCGGUCCUGUCGCUCAACCUAAAUUGCAGUUCACACAAAUUGACACCAGAUGGAGUAGAUGGCACAGCUAACGGAGGGCCCGCAAGCGGCACCCUGAAGCAGGAGCUCACAGAGGGAAACCAGGACCUCCUAGACACGCGCUGGAACUCAGGUUUGCAAGCAAGUUUCUUGAAGAGAAACAUAUCGUUGGGACGGGAGCGUUUGGGGACUGGCUUAUGUCCUUGGAAUGGCUCCCCUCCACUGGAAAAUGCAGAAUUCACAGACGUGGGAACUAACCUGGUCACUGUAAGAAAAGGGAGAGAGGACCAUGCAACUCGUUGUCACACCAGCAGGCACACCAACCAGCUGUCCAUUCACAUUCCUGGCUGGAGUUACAGGGCAGUAGAAUCAAAAGUAUUUUCUGGAAACAGCGAGAAGCAACAAGAAGCACAUGUGACUUUGUCUGCUCCCCCAGUGGAACAGAAGCUGGUUAAAGAUUUCCUUCCCGAUGGGUAUAGCUCUACAAGCAACAGCUGUCAGUCUAGCAACCUUUCUGGGCCAGCAGAGAGUCAACAGCAAAGCUUCCCAAAACCCAGCAUCCUUGUACCUGGGUUUCUUUGCCCCUUACAAGAUUUAUGCACAUCUCCACAGGAAGAUAAUGGUGUCCAGGUAGAAAGAGAGUUCCCCAAAGGAGAUUACACCUGCUGCGACUUGGUUGUAAAAUUAAAGGAAUACAAGAAGAGUGAGGACCCCACCAUGCCCGAGCCCGAGCCUGCGCCCCCAGAGCCAGCACCCCCCGAGGAACCACAGACCCCCGACCUGUCAGAAGACUGUUCCCAGUGCCAGCAAAUGCCUGCAAGCUCCUUGACCUUGCAGGAAGCGUUGGAAGCCCGUAAACCUCAGUUCAUCUCUCGCUCGCAAGAGCGGCUGAAGAAGCUGGAACACAUGGUACAGCAGAGAAAAGCCCAGCAGAAGGAGAACCUGGGGCAGAAGCAGCCUCUCCUCCCGGUGCGCACCAGCAAGAAGCAGUUCACCGUUCCUCAUCCUCUUAGUGAUAACUUGUUCAAACCCAAAGAAAGGUACAUUUCAGAGAAGGAGAUGCACAUGCGAUCUAAAAGAAUCUAUAAUAACUUGCCGGAAGUUAAAAAGAAAAAAGAAGAACAAAAGAAAAGAGUGAUCUUACAGAGUAACAGACUCCGUGCUGAAGUCUUCAAAAAGCAAUUACUGGACCAGCUCCUUCAAAGGAACGCAGUCUAGCCACAGGCUGCCCUGCUGACCACUCCCCGGACCUGGGAUGACUUCAAAUGCUGGAUAAACCAUUAAACGUAGCCUUAGCUUCACAACGGGAAACACUUAUUUUACGUUUUUUUUUUCCCCCCAUAAAGGAUAACAUAGCUUCCUGAAUUGCUGACCCAAACCAAGCAGGAACAACCACCCUUGAUGAAAUGGGUCAACAGGCUGUUGCAGGGUAAUCGACUCAAUGCGACCCACUAGAUACAGUCUCUUCAUUUUUUUAUUUCUGAAUUUUAUCUUUUGCUUCAAAUUUUUUUCCCCUACCAUUUCCACCCAGGCAGAAAGGCCUCAUACACUCACAUGGGCUUAGAUCCCUGGGGGUUAUUUUUUUCCAUCAAAUUUCUGAGACCCAAAUCCAUCACUUUUUAAACACCAAUCCCACUUCUGCCAGUUCUGCCAACUCCAAACUUCGGGUCAUCACACUGUAUGUCUGAGCACUCUCUGGAUGUGGGCGCCACGUGAUACUAGAAGCUGACUUCGAAAAUCAAUGGGUGCUCUGCCAGAGACUAGGGAGCAGGUGGUCUGUUUCUUUGUAACCUGGGUGGUCAGACAGACUUCACUACUCCACCCCCGCUCCCAGCACCUUUCUUCAUUUAAGAAUCUAUUUCUGUGGAAGCUAUAAGAGCAGAACUGGCUGAAAAAAACUGUAGGUAACUUCAG